CAACUUCCGUAGUGUGUGUUCAUUCGAAGGGCCUGCAUUGAAAUUCAAUGAACGCGAUUCAUUAAGACUCGUAUUACCAUUGUUCAAGUCGACAAUUUGUGCACUAUGCAAACUAUUGUAUCAAUACGAAGUUUGGCAAGACCAUUUUUGAAGUUGCUUAAAUUUCCUCAGACAGCGUUACCUGUUGAGCAACAGUCAAUUCAGACAACUCAGGUCCGAACAAGGUAUGUAGAUUGGAAAAUGCGAAGAGAUGCUAAACGACGGGACCUUGUAAAGGAAUAUGGAAUGGAAAGACUGCGAUAUAAUGCUCUGAAGCGCAACACUAUCCUACCAUCAAAUAUAAGGGAAAAAGCAGCAGAGGACCUCAUGACACUUCCUCUUAACAGCUCAAUUUCUCGGGUACAUAAACGAUGCAUCAUCACAUCCCGACCGCGUGGAAACCUGAAGAGGUUCAGAAUGAGUAGAAUUGUAUGGAGAAAGCUAGCAGACUAUAACAAACUAUCUGGAGUGACUCGAUCUUCAUGGUGAUGUGUUUCAGGACACAGAGUAUGAUUAACCUUUGGCUUGAUUGGUGAUUUGGAAUUUUCUGCAUUCUAAUCGCUGUAACAGGAAUAUUGGAGGAAAUGGAAAAAAAGACUAAUAUGAUUUUGAAAUGAAACAAAAUAGAUGGGAAAUCAGAUUUGUAUAAACAGUGGGUUUCAGCCCCCUUGGGCAAGAUGGGUAGGGCCCAUUAUUGAAAAUCUAUUAAUUUCUUCAAAAUCUAUUUUGUUCUUUAGGAAUUGCAAGAUAUUGUCCAAAAUUGGUCUGAAGCAUACUUGGGUGAAUGGAAAUCAGUUUUGUAAAAUUAGGGUCUCUGCCCCCUGGGGCCAGAGGGGCAGGGCCAAACAGGGAUAAUAUAAUCCAAGUAGAUUUAAUUCAUUUUCGAUAUCAUUGCUUUACACCAUCAACUAUUCAUUUGGAUCUUUGGUUCUUUGAAACAGUUGUGAUCCCCACUGAAUAAUUAAAGUAUUGCUGAGUAUUAGAAGAUAAACACAAUCAUUACUGAUAAUUUGUCCUGGGGUCUGGUCCCACACUAGGAUUGAUUAUGUCUUUGAAGCCAUUGAGACUACCAUCCCAUUACAUAAUAGCAUUGCUAGACAUACUGGCCCUUUGGGCCUCUUGUUUUAAUUAUUACUUACAUCAGUUAAUUUGAUUACAGUAAAGCAUCAUCUAAACUUUGUGAUAAAAUUGAGGAUGUAAAGUAAAAUUGGUUUUUUUUUAUCAUGUAAUUUUCUGCUUGAAUCUAUUUUGAAGACUGAGGUGUUUCUAUAUAUGUUUUGAAGAAUGAUGGUUUGUAAUAUAUAUAGAUGUGUUUGACAGUGUAUAAGUAAAGAAUGAUGAAUGAAAGUAUUUCAUCGUGUUUAAGGUUUGUAAUUAAUUGAAUAAAUAGUUUGAUUUCUUCA